AUGCUCUCGUCAACACGGACGACGUUGCUCCGUGCGAGUCAUCAGACACGCCUCGGUGGCUCCUCCGCCCGUGCCCGCCUCGUGCGCUCAUCGCCUCUCUCGGCCUCGCGCUCGAUCGUCGUACCUCGGUCAAGCGACCCCGUCGUCUCCGCCCUCACUUCCCGCACCCUGUUCACCUCCUCCAAACCUCGCCCACCAGGUUGGAAACCUCUCUACCGUCGUCGACCGGUCCUAUUCACCUGCCUCGCCCUUCCCACGACCUUGAUCGUCUCCGUCGUAGUGAUCGGUGCCGGUCUGUUGGCGUACGAUGCUUCGACUUAUCAGGAGAAACAUGUCAAGAACGUCAAUGUCGAUCCGUUGGCGUUGAGUCCUCAUAGGGGUGGGAAGAAGGAUCUCAAGAUCGCCGAAGUGUUGAUUGAUGAUACGGUCGGUCACACCCGAGGGGCGCAAGAGGGUCGAGUGGGGUUCGUGCAAAGAGAGAAUCCAGUCACUGAUGGUGCGAAAUAUGGGUUCACUCUUUCAGGACGAUGAUAAACAUACGAGAUCGUCCAAGAAACAGAGGUUGGUCAUCGUAGGGGGUGGAUGGGGCGUGAGUACUGCUGCUCCACAAGAAAACGCGACCCCAUAUCUGAGAGCCCCCUCCUUCAAUCACACCUCAUUCAGGGCGUAGGCGUCUUGAAACAUCUCGAUCCGGAUCAAUGGCACGUCACCGUCGUCGCACCCGAGAAUUACUUUUUGUUUCACCCUCUUUUGCGUGAGUGGCAACAGUUCACACCAAACCUGGCGAAUUUUCGCAGGUCGUUUUUCGCUGAAACACCUAGAAUGUCUGCCUGGACUUCUCACAGCCUCCGCAACGGUCGGUACGGUCGAAGUGAGGUCCUUGGUCGAGCCGUUGAGGAAGAUCAUCGCUCGCGUCAGUGGGCAUUACCUUCAAGCAAAGUGAGUGUCCUUGCAGCCGAGGCAUGGAAGCCUGCUGGGGAGCUGAACUUUUGACUAUGACAUUGGUGGAAAAGGGCCGUCGAUGUCGAUUUUUCGGAACGUUUGUUGGAGGUGCAGGGUCAUGGACAAGAAAACUUUUACCUUCCGGUGAGUCGAUUGAUGUAGUGUAGACAAGACCUAGAGCGAUGCUGAAUCUGACUCUCGCCUCAACAGUACGAUCGCCUGAUCAUCGCCUGCGGUUCCGUCAACGCGAGUCACGGCGUCCCCGGUCUCGAACACUGCCACCAACUGAAAACGGUCUCGGACGCUCAAGGGAUCCGAAGAAGGGUGAUGGACAACCUCGAGAAGGCGUGCUUGCCCGAAACCGAACAGGAAGAACGCGAACGAUUGUUGAGUUUCGUCGUUUGCGGCGGUGGACCGACGGGAGUUGAAUUUGCGAGUGAACUGUUUGAUAUGAUCAACGAGGAUGUGCUCAACUGUGAGCGUUGACGUGGAGGGCGAAUUGGUUCGUGACGACGGGACUGACCAUCGUCUCUCCGCCUGCAGUCAUGCCCAAGAUCUUACGCGACCAAGUAUCGGUGCACAUCAUCCAAUCGCGUGAUCACAUCCUCAACACGUACGCCGAGACGAUCUCGCAAUUCGCCGAAACCAAGUUCUCACGAGACGAAAUCGAUACCAUCCUCAAUGCGCGCGUCAAAGAGGUCAAACCGGAUCAAGUGAUCUAUACGACCAAGGGUCCGGAUGGGAAGCUGAUUGAACAUAGCGUCAAGAGUGGUUUCACGUUGUGGUCAACUGGGAUCGGUGAGCACACUUUCUUUGCCAUGAGGUUUUGGCUUUGAGCAAGUGUGAAGACUGACUUACCAAGGAUGUAUUGGGUCAUAGCGAUGAACCCUUUCACCGAACGCGUCGCUUCCUUGCUUCCGAACCAAUACCACAAGCAUGCGCUCGAGGUCGAUUCUCAUCUUCGAGUGAUUGGCGCUCCAUUGGGAACGGUUUAUGCUCUAGGCGAUUGUGCGACGAUCGAGACGAGGUUGGUCGAUCGUUUGUUGGAGAUGGUCGAGAGAUGCGAUGAGGAUCAUGAUGGGAGCAUCAAUGAUGCCGAAUUUAAAAAGAUGAUGAAGGUGCGCCUCUCCGGCAAAUGGUAUUUUUGUUCGUUGAGGCUGAUCGUAGACUGUUUUGGUCGUGGCACAGAUGGUGAACCGCAAGUUCCCUACCGCGCAAAUCCACGUCGACAAGAUCCAAGACAUUUUUGACAAAUACGCGCGCAGCGACAAGACGUUAGGGAUGAACGAGUUGGCCGAGAUGUUCAUCAACAUCUCGCAAAAGAUGACGAACCUGCCCGCGACCGCUCAAGUCGCGAAUCAACAGGGGGUGUAUUUGGGGAAGAAGUUUAGCAAGAUCGCCAAGGUCGGACACGAGGCGGCCACGAUCAAUGGGGUGUAUGAUGAUCCGGAUGACAUGUUGUACCAGCCUUUCAAGUACCGUAAUCGUGAGCCUGCGCAGAAUGCCUAUUCAACGAGCGUGUUUACUCAAUUCUGACCACUGUCUCUUUCCACGCCUGUCAACAGUCGGCUCCCUCGCCUACGUCGGCAAUUCUGCCGUCUUUGACCUGAACGGCUACAACUUUGCCGGGGGUUUGGUCGCCAUGUACCUGUGGAGGUCGGUGUAUUGGUCCGAACAAGUUUCGACGAGGACGAGGGUGCUGUUGAUGCUCGAUUGGAUCAAGAGAGGCAUCUUUGGCAGGGAUUUGUCAAAGUUCUGA